CAAAAGACUUCGGAAAGUAGCCAUAGUUCGAGCUUGUUGUUACUUCUGUUGCUGACUGGAGAUGGCUCAUAUCUCUUACGUUCUGACUUUUCUUUUAUCAGUUCUUUUCCUUUUACUGCUUUGCCUGGCUCAAGAGGACAGGAGGUUGAAUAUUCCGAGAUGUCCACGUUUUCGCUGUGGUGUUAUCGGCAACAUAGGCUUCCCCUUCUCCAAUCGAACGCAUCCGGAAUGUGGGUUGCUGGUUGUAGAUAGCUGCACUGAACCAUUUCCGAGGAUUCAGCUGGGGAAGGAGGGGCAAUGGUUCAAUAUCACAGGCAUCUCUCAGGAUAAUACAUUAGAGCUUCAUGACAAAAAUUCUGAAGAAGAGGUACAAAAAUGUAGCAGAAAAUCCUUAAAAAACUUAACUCUUCCAAUCUCUCCUUUUCUCUCAUUUAAUGUGCCCCAUCAAGUAGCAGCGUUCGAAUGCCCCCUCAAUUACGCCAUCCCGAAAAAUUUCGUUUCUUUCUGCAAUAAUUCCCAACACUCCGUUAUCCUUUACGGGGGCCCAACAAAUUGUUUUCCAGGCUCUCUUCCUGGUUGUUCACAGCCUAAUUUCCGAGUGCACAAUACUAAAACAAGUAUUGAAUAUUCUUAUUUGUUUACGGGCUUCUUUAGGGUGGAAGUGAAUGUGACUGAUGAAUGUUAUGAUUGCUUUUUGGCGGGAGGACAAUGCAAAACUGAUAGCAAUGGAAACUUUAAUUGUUCUGUGACAGGAAGAACAAACUCCUCAGUAUCUGACACUCCAAGACCAGUAACUUUUAUUGCAGGAAAUGGAAAAAAGAUAUUGAAGCUACGCCUAGGAAUAGGUCUUGGAGUUGGAGGAUCUCCGAUUGUGGCUCUGUUGAUUUUCAUUAUUUGGCGAUGCAAGAAACAAAAAGACACUUCCACAGGCUUCAAUUCCAGAAAUGUUUUUUCUGAUCCCUCUUCAAGAUCAGAGAUGGAAAUGGGUGUUGUCUACUUUGGGGUCCCCAUAUUCUCCUACUCUGAACUUGCAAAAGCCACCAACAAUUUUAGUGAUGAGAAAGUACUUGGAAAUGGAGGCUUUGCAACAGUAUACUAUGCAAAACUUCGAGAUGGAAGGGAAGUUGCAGUAAAGCGUCUAAAUGAGUACAAUCACAGACGAGUUAAGCAGUUUAUGACUGAAGUUGAAAUCCUCACACGUCUGCGCCAUAGAAAUCUUGUAUCCCUUUAUGGCUGCACUUCUCAGCACAGUCAGCAAGGUCUCCUUCUUGUGUAUGAAUAUGUUCCCAAUGGAACUGUUGCAGAUCAUCUCCGCGGUGAUCCAGCAAAGAUUGGUUCAUUAGCCUGGCCUAUCCGUUUGAAGAUUGCAAUAGAAACAGCCAGUGCAUUGGCAUAUCUCCAUGCUUCUGAUAUCAUACACCGGGAUGUGAAGACUAAAAACAUUCUUCUUGACAACAAUUUUUGUGUAAAAGUUGCUGAUUUUGGGCUUUCCAGGUUUUUCCCAGCUGAUGUUACUCAUGUCUCAACAGCUCCACAAGGGUCUCCAGGCUAUGUUGAUCCUGAGUAUUAUCAUUGUUAUCAGCUAACAGAUAGGAGUGAUGUAUAUAGCUUUGGAGUUGUCCUGAUUGAGCUUAUUUCAUCAAUGCGUGCUUUUGACAAAAAAAGGCAAAGACAUGAGAUCAAUUUGGGUAACUUUGCGAUAAACAGGAUCGAAAAAUGCUUGAUCGAAGAGCUGGUGGACACAAGCCUUGGAUCCCAAUCAGAUGAACGAGUUAGAAGAAUGAUAACUUCAGUUGCAGAGUUGGCAUUUCUUUGUCUGCAACAGAACAAGGAAAUGAGACCUCCCAUGGAUGUCGUUUUGGAGGAACUGAAGAGAAUUGAAAGUGGAAACUGGAUACUGGAAGAUGUAAAAGAAGAAAAAGAUAACAAUGAUGUGCUCAAUAGUAUGCAGACACCACCAGAUUGUGACAAUCUUGCACUGUUGAAGGACAAGAGGGUGCCGUCCUCACCCAUUUCUGUCGCUCCAAAAUGGGUUAAUAGUAACACUAGACUAAGUGUUAGUUACUAAGAUUUCUUCUUUCUGCAGCUGGAAUUUGAGCACAUCUGCUAUCAUUUUUGUGUUCUUGGAAUUUGUAUGUAUAUGUGCUCGUUAAAGGAAGUUGAAAGGUACAUUGUUUCUUGUUCUUCUUUCUAGAGGUUCUGUAAUUGCUAUACUAGUAUUCAUAAUCUGUAAGUGUUCCGAUCAUGGCCUACUUAUCAUUACAGGUGGAAUUGAGUUGGGCCCAACUCGAUCUCAGCUUGAAUCUUUAAUAUUCAUCUCCAGUUCAAGUUCA